AUGAUUAUGGAUUUUCUGAGCGAGAAGUUUGCCCUGAAGAGCCAGCCGACUAAGAACAGUGACUUUUACAUGGGAGCAGGAGGCACUUUGGAGCACGUUAUGGAAACUUUGGACAAUGAGUCCUUUUACAGCAAAACUCCAGCCAGCAAAUGCGUGCAGGCCUUCAACCCUCUGCAAAGGACUGAGCAUCAUGUGAGGCUCGAGAGGACAUCUCCCUGCCAGGACAAUAAUGUGAACUAUGGGAUUACUAAAGUAGAAGGACAGCCUCUUCACACAGAGCUGAAUAGGCCCAUGGACAAUUGCAACAGUCUUAGGAUGUCUCCAGUGAAAGGGAUGCAGGAGAAGGGAGAACUGGAUGAACUGGGAGAUAAGUGUGACAGCAAUGUCUCCAGCAGUAAGAAGAGGAGACACAGAACGACCUUCACCAGUUUACAGCUGGAGGAACUGGAGAAAGUGUUCCAGAAAACACAUUAUCCUGAUGUAUAUGUAAGAGAACAGCUAGCUCUGAGAACAGAGCUCACUGAGGCCAGAGUCCAGGUUUGGUUCCAAAAUCGAAGAGCCAAAUGGAGAAAAAGAGAACGCUAUGGACAGAUCCAGCAAGCUAAAAGCCAUUUUGCUGCCACCUAUGAUAUAUCUGUUCUACCACGGACUGACAGCUACCCACAGAUUCAGAACAAUCUGUGGGCAGGAAAUGCAGCUAGCAGCUCGAUGGUCACUUCCUGCAUGCUACCGCGUGACACUUCCUCCUGUAUGACACCUUAUUCCCACUCACCCCGGACAGAUUCUGGCUACACAGGCUUUUCAAACCACCAGAACCAAUUCAGCCACGUGCCCCUCAACAACUUUUUCACUGACUCUUUACUUUCUGGGGCUACCAACGGACACGCAUUUGAAACCAAGCCAGAAUUUGAAAGGAGGUCCUCCAGUAUUGCAGUUCUACGAAUGAAAGCCAAGGAGCACGCUGCGAACAUUUCCUGGGCCAUGUAA